CGUUUGGUUGUCAAAAAGAGUAGCUUCGAAAUGCCCGGAAAAUCGAUGGGAUUUCACCACCAUAUCGAUAGUGUGCGUUGGUACCGUGGAAUGUCCGCCGUGCAGAUAAAAGCCUGUGAUGGAUUGCUGCACGCUCUACGGGAUGACAUGGCGCAGGGAUCCACGUACCGGGUGCGCCACUGUGUCCACCAGCUGGGCAUCUAUCCGCCGGUGGGAGCGUCGCAGAUCCAGGACAUCAUUGCCAUGAGUCAGGGCAGCGAUCUGGCAUUCUUGUGGUUCUUGUGGGAGUUCGGCUACAAGAGCCCGCGAAGGAGCAGAAAGGACAAUUGCAACUUGGACUCGGAUCACUAUACGGUGAACGAACAGUUGCUGUUGUCCGGAAUUGCCCAUUUGGAUAUGCCGUCCACCCUGAGAGCCUUGGAUGCCUUGCUGCCACCUGCCACUCAAGCAAAAAAGCUCCACUCGCAAGUUAAAACUGCACAGAGUUCUUCGAAGACAACCCGCCCAAAGCCAAAAAACUAUGCCCUGCCAUAUUUUGCUCCUCAGGUUCGACCUCGUGAGUAUAUCCCGAAAUCCAAAUACCGGCCACCCGAGACCAAGGUUUGCUUUCCGGAAUAUUCGCAUUAUAAGGAUCGGUUGCACCGAAUCCCAAAUGAGGGGCCUCGUUGGUUUGCCCAGUACCGAUUGUGUCCUGCUAAACGAAUGGUAGCCAAGUUGCUCACAAAGGAGCUCGACGGGCUCUCCUUGCAAUCUGACAAUUAUGAUUUGGAGGACAAUGAUCCCAUAUGCGAGACUCAUCGGUUCUUAAAGGAGGCGGAGAAUUUGCAAAAACCGGAGAAAAUCUACAACCAGCGAUGUCUAGCUCAGCUGGAUGUGCCAGGGGAUGAGUUGAAAGCUCGCCGGAAACGCAUCUUACAGGAUAUAGAAAACAAUGUUAAAUGGGCGAGUAAUAGGAUUGGUAGGCAAAUGAAAAGACCUACAAGUCAAGACACUAAGAGAAAAAAGGCUGAUUCCACCAUGGUGAUGGGGUUGGGUAUCGAAGAGAAUCCCAGGUUGCAUUCGUAUGCCCAUUCAAUGGAUAACUCGAUCAGGGUUAUGCUCAUGAAGGGAAACAAGGCCCAUCGCUGUGGAGCAGGUGACUGUGAAAUCCUGGAUGUGGACGUGAAAGGUUCUACGGAAAUAAAUAUGAAACCACAAUGUAAAAGUACUAGGAGUAGUGACAAUAGCCGAUAUUUACCACCGCAAAAACGGAUAUCAAUUGAAAAAUCAAUCGAGGAGCCACCUAGUUUGCCAACUUCCAAGUUUAAGAAACUCGCAGAUCUUAUUCCCGCUUGCAGUCGAACUCUGCGCUUGAAAAGAUCAUUCACAAAGUGUCCUGCAGAAGAGAGCUUCACAAAGAGGACUAUUGCUGGCUUUCAGUUGGACCACCACAAGGUAUACGAUAUCCCAUCGCCUCCUGUAGAGCCCUUGCCAUGGGAGGAUAAGGUCCUAGACUUGGAGGACAAGCGACCUGUGAUCGAAAGGAUCUGCAUUGAUGCCCUUGGGAAUGGCGAAACAAAGUCCAAGAAGGAGUUGCAGCGAAAUAAAUUCAUUCCGUCAGUUUCAAGGGCAGCUGCCAAUUGUGCAGUGGAUAUGUUCCGUACAAAAGUAGCAGAAACCACGGAGAAUCCAGCUGAUAAGCAUCCAAAACAGAAUAAGGAAAUACUCAUCGAUCCUGAUAACGACGAGCAGAUUGAAAAUCUUCUGAAGGAAGCUCUUGGGGUUCUCCGUGGCAAUCGCCAGUACGUGCUAGCCACCUUCUCCAAUGCCCACAAGAUGCCGGUGCUCCUUGAUUGGGUGGCGAAUCGCUAUGGGAAGUCGUACAACCGGGCUGCGAUGAACUCCCUCGUGAAGAACUCCUUCCGGAUAUACGAGACCGUCUACCAAUCUGAGAAAGGGCACAAGCAGGAUGUGUUGAGACUGAAGAGAUCUGUGACGGGUCUGGGUGCUUCCAUCAACUAUGCCAGCCACAAGAAGUUCAUGUCCCAAGUCAGCCAGAGGAAGGCCGAGUACAACGAGAAGCUGAAUGAACUGGCACUGGAGCAGACGCGUCUGGCCUGGCUGGCAAUGCGAGGAUACUCGCACCUGGGCGGCAACAUCAAGGACGCCUUCUUCGCCUACAUGCCCGCCAGGCGGCAGGACAUCAAGCGCCAGCAUGUUUGGAAAUCCUAUGACUACAGGGAUAUGGUGAAACUUCGGCUGAUAUCGCGGCCAAUGAGCAUCUGAAAUAUGGUGAUUUCCAAUUGCAAACGUGUUUUUCGCUCUGUCAUUUGGAAACCCCAUCCUCAAGGUCUGGUUCUACAGGGCAGAUCGAAAAACAUGCAUGUCCAUGGCUAUCAUGGUUUUCAUUCUGCCAUUUGGAAUCCCCAUUACAUUCUCUGGUUUGCGUAUAUCUCGUGAUCUGCUUAGUGGCUGGUACACUCGGAAAAUCAUUCAAUGCAAUUUGUCAUUCGCCAUUGCGGCCAACUACUUAUGUAAACCAAACUAUGUAUAAUCCCAAUUAAAAAUGCUGAUGCCCAACUAAAA